AUUCAGGCAGAUACAGGCUCGAGUCUCAGCAGAGCGGAAAUAUUACAGAAGUGUUGCGCUGAAUGCUUAAAUAAUCAACUUGUAACCAAGAGCAUUUGCAGGAGUGCACAUUGUGAUACACAUUAUACGCUGCUUCUUGCUGUUGGGAUGGUACCCUGCAAUCAGACCCCACAGAUGGGCUCGCAUAACGUUUGCUGAGUCUAAAACUUUUUCUGUACAUAAAAAAAUCACUAAAACCCCAUUUUCAGCAUCAUAUGCCAGAUGCUAGACUGUCUUUGAAUGGCUGAAUUCUUGCUUUUUUACAACAUGUUGCAAAAUUGAUUCCAACUGAAGCACAGAAUUUACAGCAAUUUAGGAGAAGAGUGAAGACUGUCUGAUGAAGCCCCUAUCCAAGUCAGCAUUCUGAGAUGAAGACACCCCAGUUAGGUGGUGCAGUCCCUUCAGAUCAGGCCAGGCUUGUGUAACUUGGAUUUCAUUGAGAAGCAUGUAGCCAUCUGAACCAUGCACUGAGAACCAGAUUUUGCUCUGAUGUGGGAUUUUUGCUGUGGGCAUCUGGCAGGGGACUUCAAAUCUUAAUGGUUGCUGAAAUUCUGGAGGAAACAUCAGGAGUUAAAAUGCCCUUUUUUGGAGGUGUAACACUAUCGACUCAUUAGUUCACAGCUGCCCUGACAUUUUAUCAACAGGAGAAGGGAGCUGCACAACUCGGGAUCAACAUAGUAAAUACUGAAGGACAAACGAGUUGGCCAUGCCACUGUUUCGGUAUAGUUCCAUCUUGGUAACAGAGGUCUCUGUUGGUGCCUCUCUGUGAGGAGGUUUCCAGGGUGUUUUCUCUGCAGGGUGAGGAUUUUGCAGCUGGGGGAAGAGGAGAGAAGAGGAAGGCCUAGCUGGGGAAAUAAGGGCAUCUGUGAAGAAGCUGGCUGAGCAGCACAGGAGCUGCAAGAACGUUUACUUGACUCCCUGUUUCUGAAGAAAGAUGCUCCUGCCCUGGUCUGUGCCUUUAGAAGCGUGACGCUCAUUGGUGCUAGGUGCAGCCUGCUGCAGGACGGGCAAUAUCAUCACACAGCCAAGAUGGUGGCAUUUAACUGGAAGGCUUUGGAGAAUUUCCCAUUGCUGAUGUACAUUUUGGCAGCUAAAACAUUGAUUCUUUGCUUAGCAUUUGCUGGAGUAAAAAUGUACCAGAGCAAAAAAAUUGAAGAAAAACUGAAGAGGGAACGUGAAGAGAAAUUGAAAACAGAAGCAGAGAAGAAGGAUGAUUGAAGAGUCUUCUCAGAUUUUCUGACACUUGGCAGCUUGCAUUGGAUUCGUUUCCUGGGAGAACGAAGCCUUCCUGUAGAUGAAGGAUGUGUCAAAGGAAUAAAACCCUCAAGGGUAACAUUCACUUAAACUGUAUCUCAACUUUUUAUAUGUACAGCAAAAUAUCUAAGCCUCUAUUUAUGCAAUAAAAAAAUCCUUUGUUAAAAAAAAAAAAAAAACCUGAUGGCCUUAGUUGCUGCUUACUCAAAUGCUACAGUUAGAGCUGCAGGGGAGGCAGUUUUUCAAGAUCAGCUGCAAGGACGUGGCUGGUUUUAGAGAGAAAAAUACUCUGAAUCCAUUACGGGUGUGUACAAGGUUCAUGGACAGACAGAAGGAAAUGGGGAGGGCUCUGUGCAACUUCUUCAGAGCAACUGCUUCCUGCAAGGGUGUAAAUCUGAGAUUUGGGGGCCCUUUGUUGAAUCCAGAUGAACAAACUCAGGAGAGGAGCUUUUCCAGGCAGGUCUUUCUCAAACUACUUUCUGCACCUACGACUUCCUUAGAUUAAAGCAAAUCACAGUGUCACCUGUGAGGAAGUUUCGUGCUCAGAGAUUUAUUACAUUACUUUGCUAUGCACAGUAUCUGAGAACUAUGUAUGGCUCUCUAUUUACUACCUGGCCUAUGAAGCAGAGAGGGUUUUCAUUACCAUUGCUAGCUAUUCCUGCAUGUGCAAUAACACCAAUUCCUGGAGGAUAAGCUAACUUGGUCACAGUAGGUUAAUCAACAGAGCAGAUUUUUUUCACAGAAAUAAAGGCUUAGUUAGGCAUGUGUAGAAGUGCCAACAGGUACGUUUGCCUUCACGUUUCCAUUAUAAAGCACUUCCUAGAUCCUUGUAUGUUCUGGAAGUUAAGGUGAAGCUGAAAUCUGUCAGUGGAGCAGGGAGAGGAGGGAAGAGAAGAGGUGGAGGGCCCUUGGGGAAGCCUUGGGAUUCCAGCAGGACCUGGGACGCCUCUGGGAUGGCUCGCUCCUGCCCUCUUCCUGCCGCUGCGGGCUGAGGUGCCUGCUGUGGUGACACCAGUGCAUGCUGCUGCAGUGUCCGUCUAAGUGCUACCUAAGUUUGUGUGCAGCUGAUACAGCUGAUGCUUGGAGAGCUCUUGCUGUGGCAGAGUUAAUCCCUGGGAACUGCAGUGAUUUUUAAAUUCUCGCUGUUCAUGCGGUCACCUUGGUGACUGGGGAACAUAAGUAUUGCAGAAACCCACUCCUGGGAUAGAGCAGUAUCCUUGCUAUGGCAGCCUCAGGACUGCCAGGCUAGGGAAUUCAUAGUGUCACUGUAAAACAGCAGUUUCCCUCUACAGUCUCGGCAGUCAUCUGUCUAUGCAAAGGUGGAAUUGAAUGGUAAUUUAAUUAAAUGGCUCUGUGGUGUUCAGUGAUAACAGACUCUGCUAACCACCUCCAUUAAACAGCGGUUGAGGGAAACGCACCAAGGUACUUGGCUAAGCCACAUGCCCAAACCUUAACAGGAAAUUGUCAGGCCUGUAUAGUGUCCACCAGCUUCAAAAGUAAGCAGUGUCUUGGCUCCAUGCAGUCACUGGUUGCCUUUGAAUAUUGGCCCCAAUCUAGACUCUCAACCAAGAGUAGAUUUCUCUGGACCAAUAGUAAUAAUGAGCUUUUUUUGGUUUUUAAACUGAAAGCAGAGGUAUUCUCUACUUCAAUACAGUUGCUCUGUAAGCAGAAUCAAAGGUACAAUCUCCCUUUAAAACAAGUCAUUUAGCAUCAAAGCAAUUGGACACCAGCUGGGCACCUUUUAGCACCCAAUGCAAUCAAGAUGACCAUUAAAAUCUGCAGGUCCUACAUUGCCAAACAUGUGCAAGAAGGGAAUUAACACAAGAAGCCUCUUUUUUGUCCCUGGCCUGAACUGGGGAGAAAGCAGCUAUGAGCAGUCUCCUCAGAAGUCCUCUGCAUCACCACUUUUUUGCCUCUACAGCCAAAUCAGAAAACCUGUUUGUACAUGUAAGACUUCAAAUCUGGUCCAACCUGGAUGCUUUUUUCCUUGACUUCAGAGUAGCACUACAGCAUAGAUAACCCCUAGAGCUUGUGAUGGGUGUCGCAGCAGGCUGAUGUCCUAGAGUUUCCAAACUUAGAAGAGAUCUUAUCCAUUCCGAGACCUGAACCAAUAGCUGUUCUCUGAUGUACUAGGGUAGAGUUUUGAUCUAUGCUAUCACUGGAUAAGUUACAGCAGGUUUUUUUACCCUUGGGCAUCCUAUGUGCUGCAGUUGCAGCCUUGAACAAGAAAAUAUGCUGACGCUGGGGGGAGACAGCAGCUCAGAUUUGUUUCAGUUUCUUGUUCAGAAACCAGCUGGGGACCUCGAAAUCUGGUUUCUUAUUGAAAGAAGAGCUAUACAAUUAGUCCUGGCAAGUUAAAAGAGGAAUAGAGAAUUCAAUUUGAUUGAGUUUCUGCAAGUGAGAGGAGGCAGCAAGGAUAGAGAGCCUUGAAAUGCUCAGUGUGUAUGAGUGUGCAGCUUGUUAGACAGCAGAUCUACACAGGAUCCUCAUGUAGAUGUUCCCAUCCCAGAAAGCGAGCCAGGUCACACUCUUCUGGUGCCUACAGAACUACAGUCUCUCCUUUUCCCCUGUUCCCUAAAAUUACUCUUUUCAAAAAGAGCAUUCAUGUUGUGUAGAUGGGCAGCUUAACUUUACACAGUAUCUCACUUGCACAGGUCUUUCACUAUUGGAUGUUGUCAUUGUCACCAGUGCCAAGUGCUGAAAGCUGAGAAAAUAAAAGAAUUACUGGCUUUCAAA